UCAUCUGUUUCUUGUACAAUUCCAAAUUGAAUUCUCAAAGUUUAAGUUUGUCACGGUAGCUGAAUCUUUGACCCAAUCUCCCCUAUUCUCCAAAACCCAUUUCCACUUCUUCUUUAUAUUCACUUUAUUCUCAUUCCUUUAUUGCCACUCCUUAAAUCCUGCUUCUCUUCACGGUUGUGAUCCUUUCAAUCUUUUUCCAAAAUGGUGGGAGCUUUGUUUGUUGUUGGUGCGCCGGUCGUCGACUCGCCGCCGUGUCCGUCUUUGUGUUCGGACUCAUCGCCGGUUACCAUUACGAGUCUUAGAAGUGGUGGGGAUUUGGUUUUGCAAAGGAAAUCGAGUCAUUUGGCCGUGUCUAAGUCGGUGGAUUUGAGAAGUUCGUUUGUCAAUUCCGCCGGUGAGUGGCGGCUCUCGGCCAGUGGUGGUAACCGGAGUCGGAGGAACCAACGGAGGAACCGGAGGCUUGUUGUUGUCAAUGAAUUUGCUGGGCAGUAUGAGGACAGUUUUGAUGAUGUGAAAAUGCAAAUACAGAAUUAUUUCACAUACAAAGCUGUGAAGACAGUUCUGAAUCAGCUUUAUGAGAUGAACCCUACUCAAUACAGAUGGUUUUAUAACUUUGUUGUAAAUCACAAGCCUGGGGAAGGGAAGCGUUUCAUCCGAACUCUUGUAAAGGAGAAGCAAGAUUUGGCUGAGAGAGUGAUGAUAACAAGGCUUCAUCUCUAUAACAAAUGGGUUAAGAAAUGUGAUCACGCUGAAAUGUACAAAGAGAUAUCUGAUGAGAACUUGGAGUUGAUGCGAGAGCGACUAAUGGAGACUGUGAUAUGGCCUUCCGAUGACUAAAGCUUUUAGGAGAUUGGCAGACUAGGAGCUAGCAGAUUUUUUUUCUUAAUUAUUUUCCUUUAGUGUCGACCAAUCAGGCCAUGUUCUUAAUUAGUUGUCAUUCACAUUCAUAUUAUUUUCCACCAACUAAUAAGAAUUCUUACAUCCAAUAAUAUAAAAGUUUUCAAUGUAAAUACUUUCAACAUCUUAUACAUGUUAAAAGUAUCAAUCUUAUUGGAUAUGUUGCUAUAUACAAAAGACAUUCUGAAGUUUAGUCCAACCGUAUCAUAUAUGUUGUACUUGUACUAA